AUGUAUUCAUGUUCAGAAUGUGGAAAAUGUUAUACAGUGAAAUCAAAUCUUGUUAUUCGUCAGAGAUGUCACACGGGAGAGAAGCCAUACUCGUGUUCAGAAUGUGGGAAAUGUUUUACAGCAAAAUCAUAUCUUGUUUUACAUGGGAGAAAUCAUACAGGAGAGAAGCCAUAUUCAUGUUCAAAAUGUGGGAAAUGUUUUACAUGGAAAUCCAAUCUUGUUAAACAUGAGAGAAUCCACACAGGAGAGAAACCAUAUUCGUGUUCAGAAUGUGGGAAAUGUUAUACAGUGAAAUCAAAUCUUGUUAUACAUGAGAAAAGUCACAUAGGAGAGAAGCCAUAUUCGUGUUCAGAAUGUGGGAAAUGUUUUACAGUGAAAUCAUUUCUUGUUAAACAUCAGAGAUGUCACACAGGAGUGAAGCCAUAUUCGUGUUCAGAAUGUGGGAAAUGUUUUCCAGUGAAAUCAUAUCUUGUUUCACAUGGGAGAAAUCAUACAGGAGAGAAGCCAUAUUCAUGUUCAAAAUGUGGGAAAUGUUUUACAUGGAAAUCCAAUCUUGUUAAACAUGAGAGAAUCCACACAGGAGAGAAACCAUAUUCGUGUUCAGAAUGUGGGAAAUGUUAUACAGUGAAAUCAAAUCUUGUUAUACAUGAGAAAAGUCACAUAGGAGAGAAGCCAUAUUCGUGUUCAGAAUGUGGGAAAUGUUUUACAGUGAAAUCAUUUCUUGUUAAACAUCAGAGAUGUCACACAGGAGUGAAGCCAUAUUCGUGUUCAGAAAGUGGGAAAUGUUUUCUAGUGAAAUCAAAUCUUGUUAAUCAUCAAAGAUGUCACACAGGAGAGAAGCCAUAUUCAUGUUCAGAAUGUGGGAAAUGUUUUACAGCUAAAUCAUAUCUUGUUUCACAUGAGAGAAUCCACACAGGAGAGAAGCCAUAUACAUGUUCAGAAUGUGGGAAAUGUUUUACACAGAAACCAAAUCUUGUUGCACAUCAGAGAAGUCACAAAGUAGAGAAGCCAUAUUCAUGUUCAGAAUGUGAGCAAUGUUUUACGCAAAAAACAGAUCUUGUUAGUCAUGAGAGAAAUCACAGAAGAGUAAGGAUACGAUCACAAUUCCAGAAUUUAGACUUUGAUUUUGAUUCCAAUUAAAGAAUGACGUUACUGAAUACCAAACUGAUACUUUGCACACAUAAUGGGUAACAGGGAUAUAAGGGUUGUUUGGGCUUUUAAUAUUGAUAAGCUAUUCUCAGGAUAAGACAUCUAUAUGAAAUGGACAGGGGCCCAACUCCUGGCACCCCUGGUGAUCAGCUGUUUGAAGUGGAGGCAGUGCUCCAUGAGGGCGCUGCUUCAU